GACACUGCACAUGUGACUCUCUUUAGCGAUUUCCCUGGCCCCGUUCAAAUCAACCUCCUUCGUCUCCAUCCCUUUCUCCAAGGCUGAGCACGACACGAACAAAUUUUCAUCCGCGUGUGGUGAUCCCUUCUUAGGUCAAUUGUGACUACUUCAUUCAGUCCAACGGAUCCUGAUCCUCAUCGAUGUCAUUGGAAUCAUGCUCCCUCUUUGCAAAUUUCGCGGUUCUUCACUAUGACUCGAUCGGGCCUUCUUCUCGCGCUGUGUCUAGUGCUAUGCUGUCAACUCUCUCGUGGGCGAAAUCACCCCCACCGUGGAGAGGCAAGUGCUCCGGUUUUUGUAAAACGUCAAUGGUCGACGACCAUUCAUAGGAGAGCCGCCCAGCAAAUAUCCAUCAAAUGCAAGGCUGAUGGCAAUCCCCUGCCCACAGUGAAAUGGUAUAAAGACGGAGAACUCAUUACUCCCAAUAAUAAUCGGCGUUUUGAAAAAUACAGAAUUCGGCAAUGGGGAUUAAUCAUUCCCAACGCCACACCCAAUGAUAAUGGUGUCUACAGCUGCGAGGCCUCAAAUCCUAGUGGAGUCGCUGAAAGAAAUACUACAAUCAUAGUACUUCCUCAAGUGGUCGCAAGCCCACCUCUGAUUAAGCCCGAUCAAUCUGACAACCAAACAGUAGCGUUAGGUGAUAAUGCCAUACUCAAAUGUGAGUUGGCAUUGCUUGACCCAACAGACCCACCUUUAAUCUCGUGGUGGGCUCAUCAAGUGAAUGGGUCAUUUGACACCGAAGAAAAUAACACUUAUGUGGAGUUAUUGAAGGUGUGCAAUCUUAACAAGCCUUGUCAAGUCUCAAAACAUCUGAAAACCUCCGGCGAAAUCCUUGAAGCACGGAUGCUCUUGAUUUCCAAUAUAACUGAGGAAGAUUAUGGUUGGUACACGUGUCUUGUAAAUAAUACUUAUGGAUCAGCAUCCAAAUCGGUUCUGAUUGGACCUGUUCCGUCUGCCAAAGAAGAACACUUUGUUGCCUUGCCACUGGCCAUAUCAAUUGGAUUAGUGGGUAUCGUCGUUGUCAUUUCGUUGGGACUGAUCCUGUACUAUUGUCAAAAAUAUCACACCGAAAAGGUGGAGAAAAAUGAUGCAGUUCACAGACUGACCAAAGUACUCAUCAUUACGAAACAAGAAUAUUUUCUUGAAAAAGAAGUGAAAAAUGGAACGAUGGAAAAAACGGGGAUCCCUCUUAUUGAACCUAAAGUAGAAAUUGAAAGACGUUCUGAAUUGGUCAAAGGAUCAAUAGAUGAUCAUGAAACGGACUAUAUCUUCCCUACCGCUGAUCCCCAAUGGGAACUCAAUCGUGAUUACCUCCAAUGGGUUCGAGGGCUUGGUGAAGGUGAAUUCGGCAAGGUAAAGCUUGCCUCCGUUGACCAAAACCUUUGCGCCCGCGAAAGGCGCAUUCUGCCUCGUCGGGUGGCUGUAAAAAUGCUCAAGACCCAACACACUGAUACCGCGGUCGUGGAGCUGGUGAAGGAGAUGGAAAUCAUGAAAUAUGCCGGCAAUCAUCCCAAUAUUGUCAACCUUUUGGGAGUGUGCACUCAGCCUCAUGGCAAACCAUUCUACCUGAUAUUAGAAUACGCGGAGUACGGUUCUCUGAAAGAGUUUCUUCAAGCUCACCGGCCUAGUCCGAUUUCACCUACUUCACCACUACUAGACCCCCCGGUUGCUUCUCCGUCCUUGAUGAACACUUUCCCUGAAGGCUAUGAGAUCCCUCUCUCCAUGAAAGACGGCGGUUUCAUAUCCUGGGGUAUCGAUCUCAAUCUCAUGCUCGAAAUGGGGCGGGAUAUCGCAUGUGGCAUGGCCUUCUUAACGUCCAAGAACAUUGUUCAUAGGGAUCUAGCUGCGCGAAACAUUCUCGUGGCCAAGUCUGAGGAUCAGAAACUCAUUAUGAAAAUUGCCGAUUUUGGAUUGGCCAGAGACCUAACAUCCAAAUUGUAUUACCGGAAGAUCACGGGCGGGAAGGUACCCAUAAAGUGGAUGGCCCCAGAAGCCAUCUUUGAACGGGUGCACUCUUCAGCGUCAGACGUGUGGUCGUUUGGCGUGGUCCUUUGGGAGAUUUUAACGUUGGCCAAGUCUCCUCACAAAGAAUUGGACUACGACCAAUUUUUACACUUCAUUGCGGCCGGCAACCGCUUGAGCCAGCCUUUCAACUGUCCUGAUUCCGUGUACAAAAUCAUGCUUCAAUGUUGGAAAGAAGACCCGAAGUUCAGACCGAGCUUCAAUGACCUCUAUAAGGAUCUCAUUCCCAUCUCGCACACAAAGGACAGCAAUUAUUACCUGAGCUUGUCGCCUCCACCGUAUUCGAGGAAAAACUAAAACUCUUCUUGCACACCAAUUGUUAUUGCCUAACUCUCACGACUAUUAGAUGUAUAGUCAGUCUACCUGUCUGAUGUCGCUAGUACGUACUGUAUGUAUAAAUGUCAGUUAGUAAGGAACAAUUUUCUCGCACUCGUGAACUUUGCUUUGUUACGGUGACACUUGCUAUAAAUAAAUAUGAAUCGUUCUUGA